UUGUUCGUAAUUUCCCGAUUGUACGUUUAUGUUCCGUUUCUCAGCGGUGGUCUUCACCCUCCUUUCCCACCGCCUUUUCUUCCCUUCCUCUUGUCUCGGUCCAUCCCUAUGCGUAGCUUUUUAUUAUUUUCUUUUCCUCCUCUCCUAUCGUUACGGAAUACGAAGACGCAUCAAUCGAGAGAUUCCCAUCAAGAAAAGUUGCUCGAGAGAGAGAGUGGGAUUGGGAAAGGAGAAGGGGAAUCGCAAUGCUUAGGGUUGGAGCGAGGAGGCUGCUAGGGUUAGGGGUAGGGCAUCGGGUCUCGGCCCCUCCAGCGGCCGACGCCGGCUCCACGGCGGCGGUUGUGGCGGUGAGGGGGUACCACGAGAGGGUGGUGGAUCACUACAAUAACCCCCGGAACGUGGGGUCCUUCGACAAGAACGACCCGAUGGUGGGGACGGGGCUGGUGGGAGCCCCGGCCUGCGGUGACGUGAUGAAGCUCCAAAUCAAGGUCGACGAUGAAUCCGGCAAGAUCGUCGAUGCCUGCUUCAAGACUUUCGGCUGUGGCUCCGCCAUCGCCUCCUCCUCCGUUGCUACUGAGUGGGUAAAAGGGAAGCAAAUGGAGGAAGUACUAUCCAUCAAGAACACAGAAAUUGCAAAACAUCUCUCACUUCCACCUGUGAAACUCCACUGCAGUAUGCUUGCUGAAGAUGCUAUCAAGGCUGCCGUAAAGGAUUAUGAAGCAAAGAAAGCCAAGAUGGCUCAACAAAAUUCAUGAGUCUGUACCAGCUGAGAAGGCAGCUGAUGCUUAAAAGUAAAUAUUAUGUCUAAAAUCGUGUACAAGUUAUGAUAAACAGCUGGUUCUUCUGGCUGUUCCAUGAUAAGAACGGCUGCUGAUGGGUUGGAGCCUGCCUGCAAAUCUGAAUUUGUUGUCACCAGGAUAUUAAGAAUGUGAACCAAUUAUGAAGCUAGUUAUGGUUGUUGUUUUUGGUUGUUUUUAUGAUGCCAAAAAUUUUGAGUUUCA